UGUGCCUACGUUGGACAUCUGACAGGCUGCUCACACGACUUCGCUUUUGCGCAUGAUACUGCGGUUCCGACGCCACUUCACGCUCCAACUCACCUUGAAACGCGGUGCUCUCAGUUUUUGCAUGGAGAGCGACGGGGAGGCGACCAAUCCCCGCCCCUACGCCUCCCCCAUCGGCCAAUGAAAUUCGAGCGGGGGAGGAGCUAACAGCUAAAUUGUCACGCUUGGUUUCACGCUGGCAUUGCCAUCGAGCCGCGUCUGGCUGCCGUGCGCUGGUGCAGGUGCUCUAUUUCAUCAAGAGAGGAUGCGAAAGGAAAGAAGGGGAGGGAAAGAAUGAAGGGAACCGUCGGAGAAAAGUAUGCAGGGCAUGAAUAAAAGGGUAUCAGCAGCUGACAGUGUGUCUAACGUCCAGGGGCUCGGCUAAGAAUGAUUUAUUGAAAGGGGCACUUUGAGAUGUGAUGAGGUUUCUCUCUGGUUGGCAAUAGUACUAUGAUUUGGUAUGUGGCCACUUUGAUAGCAAGUGUAUUCAGCACCAGAGGAACAGCUGCUCAAGGUGCCCACGGAGUCAGAGAGGAGCCCCAGUUUGUGACGGCCCGUGCAGGGGAGACCGUGAUUCUAGGAUGUGACGUGGCUCACCCACUCAACGGCCAGCCCUACGUGGUGGAGUGGUUCAAGUUUGGAGUGCCCAUCCCCUUCUUCAUCAACUUCCGCUUCUACCCUCCUCACUGUGGACCCCGAGUACUGCGCCGAGCCAGCCUGCAUGGCAAGUCAUCUCUACGUAUUGAGAGGGUUCGCUGGGAAGACCAGGGCUGGUAUGAGUGCAGGGUCCUGAUGCUGGAGCAACAGUACCACACCUUUCACAAUGGCAGCUGGGUGCACCUCACAGUCAAUGCUCCCCCAACUUUCACGGACACGCCGCCGCAGUAUGUGGAGGCCAAAGAGGGGGGCAGCAUCACUCUGAGCUGCACGGCCUUCGGGAAUCCCAAACCUUCAGUCAGCUGGCUCAGGGAGGGAGACCCCAUACAGGACAGCAGCAAGUAUAAGGUGAGUGAUGGCAGCCUGACAAUACUUUCCAUCAGCCGUGAGGACAGGGGAGCGUACACAUGCCGAGCGUACAGCGAGCAGGGAGAGGCCGUCCAUACCACACGCCUACUUGUCCAAGGACCCCCAUUUAUUGUUUCACCACCAGAGAACAUAACCGUAAACAUAUCCCAGGAUGCAUUCUUCACUUGUCAGGCUGAGGCGUAUCCUGGCAACCUAACGUACACCUGGUUCUGGGAGGAAGAUAAUGUCUUCUUCAAGAAUGAUCUAAAGCGCAGAGUGAGUAUUCUGAUCGACGGUUCGCUCAUCAUCUCCCAGGUGAAACCUGAGGAUGCUGGGAAAUACACCUGCAGCCCGAGUAACAGCCUUGGGCGGCCACCUUCUGCAUCAGCGUACCUGACAGUGCAUUUCUUUGUAAGUGUGGUUAUGAUGUAUUCAGUUUUUUUAGUUGUUGUUGUACUGCCGGGGUUCAUCCGCUGCCCGGUGGAUGCCAACCCGCCUGUCACUUCAGUGAAGUGGAAAAAAGACGGCCUGCCUCUGCGGAUAGAGAAGUACCCUGGCUGGAGCCAAAUGGAAGAUGGGAGCAUUCGAGUGUCUGAGGUGACAGAGGACUCUCUCGGCACCUACACCUGCGUGCCUUACAAUAGCCUCGGUACAAUGGGACAGUCCCCUCCCGCCCCUCUGGUGCUAAAGGACCCACCCAAAUUUCUGGUGGUUCCUGGAGGGGAGUACAGGCAGGAGGCUGGUCGAGAGCUGGUCAUCCCCUGUGAGGCAGAAGGAGACCCAUUCCCCAACAUUACAUGGAGAAAGGUAGGGAAGCCCAGCAGAAGCAAGCACAACGUCCUACCGCGAGGCAGCUUACAGUUCAAAUCUCUCAGCAAGGAGGACCAUGGGGAGUGGGAGUGUGUCGCCUCCAAUGUUGCCACGAGCAUCACUGCCAGCACGCACCUCCUAGUAAUCGGCACAAGCCCACACGCCCCCGCCAAAGUCCACGUUUCAGUCUCGACGACCUCGGCCAACGUCUCGUGGGAACCUGGUUACGAUGGCGGCUUUGAGCAGACAUUCUCAGUCUGGGUGAAGAGGGAGCAGUUAGGACCGCAUGACUGGCUGUCCAUGGCUGUGCCCGGCGGGCAGCACUGGCUCCUGGUGCAAGGCCUGGAGUCUGAGACGGCCUACCAAUUCAGCGUCCUGGCCCAGAACAAGCUGGGGACGGGCCCGUUCAGCGAGGUCGUCACUGUGAACACACUAGUAUUUCCUAUAAGUACCCCAGAACCACUGGUGCUGCUUACCCCACCACGGUGCCUCACAGCCAACCGGACACAGCAGGGAGUCCUACUCACAUGGAUCCCUCCAGCCAAUCACACGUCACCAAUUGACCACUACAUCAUGGAGUUCCGCCUCGGGGAGAGGUGGGAUGUUCUUGAUGAUACAAUCCCUGCUGGAGAGACAGAGCUGUUGGCUAGAGACCUGGUUCAGGAGGCCUGGUAUGAGUUCAGAGUGAUGGCGGUUAUGGAGGACGUUAUCAGUGAGCCCAGUAAUGUAGUGGGAGUCUCUAGCACAGACUACUUUCCGCCGCCUGAGGUGCCAGACGAGGGGCUGGCGCGGCCGGUGGUGGCAGGCAUUGUGGCCACCAUCUGUUUUCUGGCAGCAGCCAUCCUCUUCAGCACGCUAGCGGCCUGCUUCGUCAACAAACAGAGACGGCGUAAGCUCAAGCGGAGACGAGAUCCCCCUCUGUCUAUAACACACUGCAGAAAGAGCGUGGAGACUCCAUCAUCUUCUGGAAAGGUUAGUCCAGAAAGUGUCCGCUCCAUUGGACCUCCUUCAGAGUCCUCCGAGGAUGGUUUACGAGCUAAGAAGUUUCCUCAAAGUCCUGCCAAGGAGAAGGAGCUUUCUUUAUACAAGAAGACCAAGAGAGCAAUAAUUAGCAAGAAAUUUAGCAUCUCUAAGCAUGAGGCGGAGGCUACCACGCCAAUUGAAUUGAUCAGUCGUGGCCCAGAUGGGCGCUUUGUCAUGGAACCCACGGAUGCGGAAACUCCAGUUAAGCCACGGCGCAUCGAGGGCUUCCCCUUCGUGGAGGAGUCUGACCUGUACCCUGAAUUUCGACAGUCAGAUGAGGAGAAUGAUGAUCCGGGGCCCAUGCCGCCUAUGAUGGCUACCCUCAGACCCCAUCAGAUCUCCCCCAUUUCUUCUAGCCAGGAGUCUUACUUGCAGCCCCCAGCCUACAGUCCCCGCUUCCAGAGGCCCAUGGAAGGCAUGACUAUCAUGGAAACCAGUCGACUCCAGGCUACAGGGCAGAUUCGUGGUGCUCCUCACUUCCGAGCCUUUUCCCAUGGCCAGUUCUACAGCUACUUAGGAAGUCCAGGGGAACCUGAGCCUCCGCCUCCCUUCUACAUGCCAGACACCAGCCCUCUCAGCUCAGUAAUGUCUUCUCCUCCUUACCACCUGGAGGGCCCUUUCGGUCAUCCCACCAUUCCAGAGGAAAUCGGUGAGGGAGAGAUUCAGCAUUAUGCAGUCUCUGGCUACACCCUUCCCUUGGCACACCCCUCCACCUCGCGCUCUCCAGAUAUCUGGCAGCGACCUGAUUUUACCUUUGCCACAAUUGAGGGUCCUCACUUUAUUUUUCCACCCCCACACCCUUUGCAUCUUUAUCCGGAACCUCCCCUUCCUCCCCCUCUUGUUCUUCCUCCUAGUGCCCUCCAGCCCUCCACCCUUCAAUUAUCUCCUUACCCUGGUAUCCUGCAGCUGGAGGCCCCAAAGAGCCGCCCAGGCAAGUCUCCCAGCAAGGUCAAGCCUCAGGGCCUUCCAGCCAAGCGUUUACCUAUGCAAGAGGCACAGAGUCUAGGGCAGCUAAGACACACAAGCCACGGUAUGGGUGUACCGGUAUUGCCUUACCCUGACCCAGUGUCUCACAUGGUUGGCCCAAGCUCAUUCAGAAGCCUGGAUACCCGAUGGUACGAGCUUACACCCAGGCUUAGCCCAAGCCAGCCCCGUAGGAUGGAACCCAGCAUGGUAGUUCUCCAGCCAUCCCGCCUAUCACCUCUAACUCAGAGCCCUAUUAGCUCUCAUGAAGGCUCACCGGAGAUUGUAGUACGCCCCAGGCCCCGUCCCAGUGUCAUCCAACCCCCGAUCCCUCCUGAGAUGUCUGAGAUCACCCUUCAACCUCCUUCUUCAGCUAGCUUCUCUAGAAGGUCCACCCCCUCCUCCUCUCCUGCUCAAGGCCAAGGCAGCCGAAGGGCAAGUCCCAGCUACCGAUCCCACAUGGCAUUUGCCACCUCAGCAGCAAGCUAUCCGUCACAGUCCCCUUCACCUCCUGUAGAAAGCAGCAACAUUUUUGGGCAGAUGCCAACUCAGAGGAGGACUGAGGAGGAGAUACUUCCAUCAGAACCCUCUCCACCCCAGUUAUCACCUUCAGGAAAACGUCGAGGUGCACCAAGUGGCUCUGCAGGGUCUGAGAGGAUAGAAGCACUGAGAUAUCAACGAGUGAAAAAAGCCAAGAAAGUCAGUGUCAACAAUAACAACUCCAAGACCAGACGAAAGAUGGGUGUGCCCCCCUCUCAGACCCAGCAGCCCCACACCUCUCAGGUCCUCCAGCCAGAAGAAGCUCUCUACCUCCGCAAGAAGAAGAAAAAGUUGACUCGCCAGGACCCGUAUGCCCGCUUCUCUGCUCUGCUGUACCGCCGCCCGCCCCGAGAAGACCAGAAAGCCAUUUUGGCUAGUAUGGACUCAGCAGACCCAGACCACGCCACUCUCCUCUGAAGUCCCAGAGAAUACAGGCCACACUCUCCCUAAACUCUGAGCUCCUUCCACCUUUGCUCAGCCAGCCAGCGUCUUCACGUCCACACCUGAAUCCAAUGGUUUACUCCUCUUUUCCGUUACACUUAAUGUAUCACAAGAAAAUGCUUGUGUUCCAAGGUUUUGCUCUAGUCCAUUUACCUCAAAUUCAGAAGGAUCGGUCAUCUUGAGCAGAUUAAAAAGAAUAUCUUAAAUGCCUCAUUUC